AUGACGGAUAAUGGUCAUUUAAAUCUCUUUUUGCAAGACUUAGACGAAAGAAAAGGCAGAAUCCCAUGCUGCCAAGAGGUCAGUCUUAUUCAAAGCCGCAUCAGAAGGGUUAUAAGGAGCAUUCUGCUAGAAGUGAGAAGAGAGAAUCCGUUCUUCAGGACGACGCUGAUCAACAGCGGAAGCUUUUAUGAGGGAACCAAGGUCGGACAGCCAGAUGAGUUUGACUUCCUUAUUCAACUCGACAGUUUUUCUGGCCCUGAGAGAUAUUGCUUUCACGAACUUCCUUGUUCUACAGUGAUGGUGUUCCCUGCAGACGAAUCAGCUUGGGAAGACCUUUGCUUCUUUUUCCCUCACUCCAAACUGGAUUUGAGGUAUGGCGAUUUUGAGUGGAAGAAGACUAUCAAGACACCAUUUUAUAAGAUCUUCAACAAGAAAGCAAAAGAUUUUGAGGCAUUCGGAAUGAAGGUAGUGCUGUGGGAUUAUUACUCUGACGUGUCUACGGAAUCACCUUUAACAAAACAUGGACCGGCAUAUACCCUGUUACUCGAAUGGAACGGCGGAGAAUGGUACAAAGGCUUAAGAAUCAGUGUUGACUUGGCUCUAGCCGUGAGAAUAAAUAAUCGACCUGAUAACAUUGACAUUGAAUUUGAAACCCCAACAGGAAGGGUGCUUCGAUCUCUAUUUGAUAAAUUACCAUUUUACUAUGCAGUUGGUACGUACAGGAACAUGCUCACGGAAGUUCAGCCAAAUUUCUUUGCUGAUUGGGAUGCCGUUUCAGGACCAGAAAAUUUCUGUCUACGUUGCUCGCACUCGUGCCUCGAGCAGGGAUUAUUUCGCCAGACAUUUGGCUUCGACAGCGGUCAAGCCAAGUGUCUUAGGUUACUGAAAGUAUUGCGUGACAUCGUAUUUCCUGAUACUACCGAAUUCAAAGGAAGAUCAAACGAUAGUGGUUUUUUGUUUUUUUACGUCGAAUCAGCGGCUGAUCCUUUGAAAAACACCGGCAGAUUGCUUUCUUCUUAUGUCCUCAAAACGCUGGUGUUGUUUGAAUGGAAGCUGUACCCUGAAAAAGAGCAGUGGUCUGGAAACAAUCUAAGCCAGCGAUUCCUCAACAUUCUUCGUAGUCUUGUCGAUCACUUGAAAGAAAGAAAAAUGCGAAGCUUUUUCUCCGCAGAUUACAACAUUUUCCCUUCCUCAGUUACUCGUGAAAUGGAUUUUUUUAAAUGUUGCUAG